AGAAUUGUUGAUACCAAAGCCUUGAAAUCGAUCUCUCUACCUAUCAACAUCUCCAUAUUAAAUAAAUUUUGGUUGAUAAUAAGGAACCUAAUAAUUUCCUUAUAAUAAUGCAACCACUAAUGAAAUUAACAUUUUUGUCCCUCAUAAUUUUCUCCUCUAAUUCUAUCAUUAACCAAGUUCAAUGCACAAGAGCUUCUCUUGAAAAACUAAUUCCAAAAUCAUUACCACCAUUACCAAUAUCAACAAACAUCUUUGUUAUCCCUCCAUCAUCGUCACCAUCGGAUACUGCGGCCGCCCCUUACAAUGAUCCUCCAUACUCUUUCUCACCAAGUUCCGCCCCAAUCUCCAUGCAAGAUUCAGAUGGGGAUCCCAAAGAUCUCCCGGCCACCUUCAAGGGCUUAUUCAACCCAUUUAACCUAAAAAAUAAUCAACAAGGCCAAUCAUCAUGGGCCACGUCACUAUUUGAAAACCCCGACGUCAAGAAAACUUGUGGGUCCACGGAUAAUCCUGAACUUUGCCUAUCAUCCUUAAAACAAUUCCUUGGACAAGGUAAUGGUGAUAAAAAAACAGACACUUUUUCUUUACUUGAGAUGCAAGUUAAGGCGACGCUACAAGCCACAGAACUUGCCCUAGGUUUGAGUGGCAAGAAACCGGCGCAAUCGGAUAACGAUAAGGAUACCGUUAAAGAUUGUAAGGAGAUGUACGCUGAUGCAAAGGAUAAUUUAGAAAAGGUAUUAAAAGCUAUUAAAUCCAAAGAUAUUGGAACUAUUAAUAGUAUGUUAAGUGCUACUAUUUCUGAUUUUGGUACAUGCGAUGAUGGGGCAGAAGAGAGUGGAGGUACGUCCUCUUUGGUUGGUUAUGGAAGUAAGUUGACUAAAUUGGUUAGUAAUUGCCUUUCCACGGUUUCUCUUAUCAAGGAUACUGGCGCAACUACAUAAUAUUGAUCGGAUUUUUAUAAGAAAUUGGAAUGUUUUCGUUUUUAAUGCGAUGAUUAAUCAAAUUUGUAUAAUGGGGAAAUUAUAUUAGGGGUGUCGAGGAUUUUCUAAUGUUCUUUUGCCCGAUGAUGGGUUGUAAUAUGGAGAUGGGAACGGGUAGAGAAAAUAUAAUUCCUUUUAGUAGCAUUCUUUAUAUACAUGCUAUGAAAUUGUACGUUAUGUUUGUUAUUAAUGAAGUACGUCUUCGUAUUUUAUA